CCACUGCUAUCGAAAUCGAACCGACCGACGAAAUUAUGCGUACGCUCCGCUUUUUUUUAUUUAUUUUUUCGUAAUCCACACGCCCUGCCGCCCAUAAAAUAAUGAAAAAUCGCACAAAACCGGAAAAGUGCCUAGUUAAAUGUUCGCCGAUUGCUGUGUGUGCGAACGAGAGCAAGUAAUAAAACGAAAUUGCAGGCGACGCCGAAAUAAAAAACAAAAAAAACGUUGCAGCAACAACGUGCGUGCGUGAGUCGAGUGAGUGUGUGUGUUUGUUGGUAUAUGUGAAGAGCAAAGAGAGCGAGUGAGAGGGCGAUAGAAGGCAGAAGAAGCAGCAGCGGAAAAGAGAACGAAGAAAGGAGCCGUUUUAAAAGCCAGAACUUUGAAAAGUCGUAGCUGAAAUAUUCCCCGAUUUUCCGAUUCCCGCGAAUCUAAAAGCCGCGCUGCCGGCGUCGCUGCCUCUGCCGACGUCGACGUUGACGCAGCCGUCGCCGAUCCCGUUUUCACGCGUCGCCGCUUCGUCUCGCCAUCUCGCUCUUUUCCCGCCCCCCUCUCUCUCUGCCCCGACCCCCGCGCCUUUCUGUCCGCCCCCCGCCCCCUUAGAGAGAGAGAGAGAGAAAAGCCAAGCCAAGAAACGUCAUCAAGCGGCAACAGCAACAACAACAACAACCACAAUCAACCAACAACAUCAGGCGACAACAACAACAGCAGCAAAACGCAUUUCAUUGCCAAGAAAAAAAAAACGGUCAACGACAUUGCAACACAGCAACAACAACAUUAGCAAGAGAAAGAGCAACAACAUUGGCCAAGAGCAACAAUAACAAAACAGCAAUAAAGUGAGACUGCAACAACAACUGAUACGAGAACAACAACAACAAUAGUAACAACAACAACAAGCGUACCAACAAAUAGGAAAAUAAGAAAAUGCCCAAAUGCGAUGUGAAAACGCGCUACAUUCCUGCGACUUUCGCCUGGAUUGUGCUGCUUUUGACCACAUUUCUCUUCUUCUUCUAUCCCUGCCAGUACUACGUGAAGAGCCAUCCAUGGGUGCUGGCCUACCAGGGCGUGAUCACAUUCUUCGUGCUGGCCAACUUCACGCUGGCCACCUUCAUGGACCCGGGCAUCAUCCCCAAAGCCUCGCCCGACGAAGACUGCGAGGAGGAGCUGCGCGCCCCGCUCUACAAGAAUGCCGAGAUCAACGGCAUCACCGUCAAGAUGAAAUGGUGCGUCACCUGUAAGUUCUACCGCCCGCCACGCUGCUCCCACUGUUCCGUCUGCAAUCACUGCAUAGAGACCUUCGAUCACCACUGUCCGUGGGUCAACAACUGCAUCGGCAGGCGGAACUACAGGUUCUUUUUCUUCUUCCUCGUCUCACUGUCCAUUCACAUGCUCAGCAUUUUCUCGCUGUGCCUGGUCUACGUGCUGAAGAUAAUGCCCAACAUCAAGGACACGGCGCCCAUUGUCGCCAUGAUCCUGAUGAGCCUGGUGACCAUUCUGGCCAUCCCCAUCUUCGGUCUCACCGGCUUCCACAUGGUGCUGGUGUCGCGGGGUCGCACGACCAACGAACAGGUCACCGGAAAGUUCAAGGGCGGCUACAAUCCGUUCUCGCGCGGCUGCUGGCACAAUUGCUGCUACACACAGUUCGGACCACAAUACCCCAGCUUACUGAACCCGAAAAAGUACGCCUCGCGGCGGUCGCAAGUGCAGAACCAGGCGAUCAGCACCAUUUGCAACGACCGGAGCGGCCAGCAGACGGGCGCCGGGGGCGGGGCCGGCGGCAAUGGGACCGCUGCAGCCGCAGCGGGCGGCGGGGGAGGCGUGGGCGGAGGCGGUGGCGGUAUGCGCGGCACUGCGGUGCAGUACUCACCACGCUCCUACUACGACGCGAGUCGCGAGAAGCGCGGAAUUCAGGUAAAGACAUAUAUGGCCGAGGGCAAUGGUUAUAAUCAACGGUCGGGCAGCACAACGCUUUACAGUAAGCUUUCGCCUGGACGGGAGUGCUCCGAUACCGACUUGGAGCCACCACCUGCGUCCCAGAGUCAGGAUUGCGAACCGACGCCGCCGCUGCAGCGGCACAACUCGAGCAGUUUCUAUCUGCCGCAGGUGAGCGACGCCGGCGGAUUGAAUGGCAGCGUUUCCACGGGCGGCGGCGGCGGGGGAGGAGGCGGUGGUGGGGGUGGUGAUUCCCCCCGCCACAUGCGUCUCUACCAUCCGCGUCACAGUCCGCACGCGAGGCCCAGGGGCCUGGAUCCGCAGCGGGGCUAUACGAGUGACGCCCUAUCGCCGGACCAUCCCGUCGGCUAUGGAGUGGGCGUGAACGGACCGCAGCAGCAGCAACAGCAGGCGCUGGCGGCGGCAGCGGCGGCGGCGGCGGUGGCAGCACAAAAUCAACGCAGCGCGACGACCACGGCCACGCCCACCAUGCAGCAGCGGAUCAAGCCGCUGGGCGUGGCCACGCCCCUCGUGAUGGCGAGUCCAGUGCGAAGAUCUAAUCCGGGCACGCCCACUCAGCCGAGACGCCCCGAUUUCAUAGGGCUGAAUGCCCAGGCGGUGGCGCAGCAGCAGCAGCAACAACAACAGGCAGCGGCGGCGGCGGCAGCAGUGGCCUACUACGAGUACACCAGCGGUCUUCCGCCACAGCACCCGCAGGCGCCCAGCAUCCAGCAGCAGCAGCAGCAACUGCUCCUCCAGCAGCAGCGCGUCCUCAUGCAGCACCAGCAACAGCAGCAGGCUUUGCAACAGCAACAACAGCAGCAGCAGGUGGCGGUACAUGCGGCGCAUCCGCAGCACGCCGCUCUGGCGCAGGCGGCCUACGGCGGCAGUCCGCAGCGACGCUUCCUCUCCGAGGGCGAACUGGUGCGCCAGGGGGCCGGCGGCGGGGGCGGCAUGGGCGUGGCCGGCGGCGGCGAGCUGUCGUACGCGCGGUCCAACAACACGGUGGAUAACAUACGUGAGCUGGCGGGCAGUCCGCAGCGCGGCGUUUACAUGUGGAAGGACACGUCGCCGGGAUUCACUAGCUCAGUGGGACAGCAGCAGCAGCAACAGCAACAGCAGCAGCAGCAGCAACAGGUGGUCAGCAGCGGGAUUGGCAGCAGUGCGGGCACGCUGUCCAGCAGCGGAGCGUCCGCCGGCGUGAUGCCGCAUGCCCAGUACAUGACGGCGGGCGGCGGAGCCCAUCCGCUGAUCAUGACGCACUCGCGACUCCAGGACUAUGCCAUCCAGCAGCAACAGCAACAGCAGCAGCAGCAGCAACAACAGGCCGCCUCAUAUCAUCGCUCCAAUCCGACGAGUCCCACCACCAUGCCUCAAGUGUCCGGAGCUGGCCAGCAGGGCUAUAUUCUGCGCUAUGGCGGAUCGGGAUCGGGAGCAGCUGGCAGCAGUGGCAGCUUGGCCAGCGUGACGGGCAGCAAUCCGGUCUAUCAGCCUGCCCUGCGUGGCGGAGUGGCCGUGUUUCCGCCCAAUCCGCUGGGAAAUGCCAACCAGACGCAGCCCUCGCCGCAGAUAAAGCGAAAGCAGACGCCCACGCGUCCCAUGAGCUUUGUGCGCGCCCUGGAGAUGACGGACUCCAUGGAGAUGCAGUCGCUGGAGCAGCAGCAGCAGCAGAAUGGAGGCAUACCCACGAGCGGAACGGCAAUGGCAAUGGCAAACAAUCAGCAAGGUGGCGGUGGCGGCGGGCAACUGAUCCAGGGCAACGCCUCCAAUUCCGGCACGCCGGAUAGGGCCAGCAUCUACGACAUGAACUACGAGAUCUCCGUAUAACCCGUGGUGGUGCCCGUGCUCCUGAUGCCCCCACCAGUUGGCCAAGCUGCUCCAGUUCCUCCCAGUGGUAGUGGUAGUGCUAAUGCCCAACUGGAGCCGGCUGCGUAUGCCUGCGUUCCUGUUUUGCCCCUCAAGCCGAUGAGCAAUGGAAUAGAACCCAAUAGUCAUCAGCAUCAUCACCAACAUCAUCAUCAGCUCCAAACGCAGCAGCAGCAGCAGCAGCAUCACCACCAACAUCCACACCAGAACCACAACAACCCAAGCCUAAACACAAACCCAAACCCAAACCAGAACCAGAACAAACGCAAAUUUUCAACCUUCUUUUGAGAGAAGAACGAGCAUGCUUUUAUUUUA